AUGGUUGCGCGAAUUGGCCUCUUGUGCCUCCUGAACAUAUGGUUAAAUACAUUUUCGUCGCCCCUUUUAAAAAAUGGACGGGGAAGCCUCCUCUACGUCGCUUCCCAUGGGGUAGACAAAGUGCGGAAGGAUUCUCCACAUGGUACGCGUGCUGAUCUUCCCUCAGAAAUGAUCAACCAAAAGAACAACCCCAUUUUAAUCAAAUUGAUCAAGCAAGACAUAGCGGCAAAAAAAAUGACAACAUACUAUGGCCAAGUGGCCGUAGGAGAAAAGUCAGAAAAUGUGAUGAAUGUCUUAUUCGACACGGGCUCUACCGAGUUUUGGAUUCCAUUCGAAAAUUGUAAAGGAGACAAUUUUCCCGAUUUUCACAAAAAAUAUAAGCGCACCAAAUCAUUUAGAAAUAAAUUUAGCAAGGAGGGCCUGCCAACGUUGUUGGAGGUUAGCUAUCUCAGUGGGCAGGUCAUCGGAUUUGACGGAUACGACACCAUAAAGUUAGGCGCAAAUCUCUCCGUUCCGAACACAAACAUUGCCUUUGCUACGAAGAUAGAAAUACCCGUCUUAGAAGAAUUUAAGUGGGAUGGUAUUUUAGGCCUCGGAUUUGAGAACGCAGAUUCGAAGCAGCGCGGGAUGAAGCCCUUCUUGGACCAUUUGAAGGACGAAAACAUCUUAACACAGAUGGGGUACAAGAACCAGUUUGGUUAUUACCUAUCCGACACAGGAGGGUACAUCAGCUUCGGAGGGGUGGACAACCGGUUGAAGAGAUCACCGGAGGAGGAAGUUAUGUGGAGCCCCGUUUCGACCGAGAUGGGAUUUUGGACAAUCGACAUCGUAGGAGUGAGAAAGGAAUACGCGCCAGAUGUGAACGUCAAGCGGGACCAGGACGAUGUUGUGGUGAAGUACGAAGGUUUUCACGAUGGAGGGAAAAAGUCCAUUGUUGAUACAGGAACGUUCUUUAUAUAUGCCCCGAAGAAAACAAUGCAAGGUUACCUAAGCGAUUUGAAAAUAAAUUCUUGUGAGGAUAAAAACAAGCUCCCUUAUAUUGUAUUUCAAAUGAAAUCCAGGGGAAUUGAAGGGAUAGAAGGUUCGGCCAUCAUCGAAUUGGUUUUGUCGCCAAACGACUACGUCAUUGAGUAUUUGAAUGAGGAGAACUGGACGAGGGAAUGCGUCCUGGGGAUUCAAGCAGACGAACAGAAGGAUGAAAGUCGCAUAGAAGGAUGGACACUGGGACAAAUAUUUAUCAAAUCUUACUACACCAUUUUCGACAAGGACAAUUUGCAAAUAGGCUUUGUUAGAAGUAGGCCAGAAAAACGAAACAAAAAAGAGGAUGAUCAUUUUAAGAGCUCAUUUCUUAAUGUACGGACAACGAGGGGAAGUAGUAAUGGCCGUCGGAGGGGGACUUACAAUGGACCCCUCUUAGCAUAA